AUGUCAAGUUGGAGGAGUCUCAAUGUCGGCGUUAUUGGCGGGGGCAUCGGGGGCAUGUCCGCUGCAGUUGCCUUGCGUCGUGCAGGACACACUGUGACCAUCUAUGAAAAGUCGGACUUUGCAGGUGAAGUCGGCGCUUCGGUUUCGUGUGCUGCCAAUGGAACCCGCUGGCUACACGAGUGGAACGUGGAUAUCGCCAAGGGUGACCCUGUGGUGUUGAAGAAGCUCAUCAACCGCGACUGGAAUACGGGCGAGCCCGUCAGUGUGUACGACCUCGACGAUUAUGAGAAGCGCUGGGGAUAUGUCUACAACAUGUUCCAUCGCCAGUACAUGCAUGCCAUGCUAAAGGAUUCGGCGCUGGGAGAGGGCGAAGGAGCCCCAGCAACCCUCCAAGUGAACUACCGGUGCCGCGAUAUCGAUCUGAAGACGAGUACAGUCGUAUUCGAGAACGGUGAGGUUGUCAGCCACGACCUAAUCGUCGGUGCAGAUGGAAUCGGAUCGGCCGUUCGAGGGAUUAUUGGAAUCACACCAGAAAAGCGAGCCUCCGACCAGAGCUGCUUGCACACCAAUGUCAAAACCGAGGAUGCCAUCAGGCUCGGUCUGGUGAACUACUCCGAGGAUAGCGCACUGGAGUACUGGGGUGGACAGGAAGGCAAGUGGGAUAAGAUUGUUCUGUCACCCUGUAACGGCGGCGAGCUUCUGUCGUACUACUGCUUCUUCCCGCGUGAGCAAGGCGACUAUACGUCACAGACAUGGGGGGCCGAAGACCGCCCCGUUGAGGAACUCCUCGCCCCAUACCCGGAACUGGACCGACAAGUGUUUAACCAUCUGAAGAUUGGGACAGAGAUCAAACCAUGGCGCCUCUGGGUCCAUGACCCGUACCCGUAUAUCCAACGCGGUAACACCUGUCUCUUGGGGGAUGCUGCUCACCCGAUGAUGCCUCACCAAAGCCAAGGAGCCUGCAUGGCUAUCGAAGAUGCGGCAGCACUUGGACUCCUAUUUAAUAAGCGUUAUUUCUCUGGGGAUAUUGCUCAAGCCCUCGCUGUUUACCAGGAGGUACGUCUGCCUCGUGUCACAAGGGUGCAGGCAGCAGCAGCCAAGGCGGCUUACAAUAUCAAUGAGCGGAUUGGUUUCUCCGUCAACAAAGAUACCCCCACAUAUAAGGUCGAAGACCCGAAGAAGGUUCUUACCAUAGAGGAGAUGAAUGCCUAUGACAUGCAUAGAGAUAUCGAAGAGAAACUGUCAGCCAAGCGCGGGACAGUCUAUACCGACAAGUUCCUUUGCGGACUUCCCAUCGGACUUGAGCUGCCGAACGGGAUCACGAUCGGCGCAGUUGGCGCAUGA